GUCGGAGGUGUGUGGCGGCCGGAUCCGGACAGGUCUAAUGUAGUAUAAUCUCCAUCACCUCCGCCCAUUUAAUUUUUCUUUUUUCCCAAAGCUUCCCAUAUUUGUUCAUAGUUCUAACUAUAAAUUUCCCAGAUUUCCCCAAUUCCUCAAUUUAAUUUUAUGUGUAAGAAAGUUAAUUUUUGUGGUAAUAAUGGUUGAAGGAGAUGUAUGAGGGUUCACAGAAGGAAGUGAGGAUUGAGGAUCGGAAGAGAGUAGGCAUAAGGAUAAUAUGGGAAAGUCAAAGACAAUUUCAACUUUUCUUAAACUGAUCAUUGGCUGGUUAUAAUUAAUUAGUUUGAUUAAUUACUUAUAUUUAAUAUAUGGAAGCACGAAUAAUUAACAGGAACUCGUCGACAUCAACGACUUCCUCCGACUCAUCCUCGUCGGAGUCAUCUUUAUCUGCCGGCGGCGGCGGCGGCAAGGUGGCUCGAGACGGCCGGAAGAGGCUGGAGAGGAUAAAAGGGCCGUGGAGUUCGGAGGAGGACAAGAUCCUUACCCGGCUGGUGGACCGGUACGGCCCAAGAAACUGGUCCUUGAUUAGCAAGUACAUAAAGGGCCGGUCCGGGAAGUCUUGCCGGCUCCGGUGGUGUAACCAGCUCAGCCCCACCGUGGAGCACCGCCCCUUUUCUCCGGCGGAGGACGAGACGAUCAUGGCGGCCCAUUUGAAGUACGGGAACCGGUGGGCCACCAUUGCCCGGUUGCUCCCUGGCCGGACCGACAAUGCCGUCAAGAACCACUGGAACUCCACGCUGAAACGGAGAUGCGAACGGCAGUUGAGUCAGAGACACAAUAAGACGUUUAGCUCGACGGAGGUCUCUGACGUCGUUAACUCGUCGGCGUGCGUUAAUGUCAACGCCGGAGAUGGUCAACCGGUGAAUUACUCCUCCGCCGGCAGUUAUAAUAAUAAUAAUAACAACAACAACAACAAUAACAAGGUGUUUCCCAUAGUUCUGGGCCACCUGAGAGAGUACGAUGAUGAUCCGAUGACAGCGUUGUCCCUGGCGCCGCCGGGAUUGGGCGGGCGCGUGGUGCCGGAGAAGCGGUCGGAGAGUUUACCGGCGGAAUUUUGGGAUGUGAUGAGGGAGGUGAUAGCUAAGGAAGUGAGGGAGUACGUGACGUCAUCAUUUUCCGGGCCGCCAACUGGCUUUCAUUAAGAUGCCCGUUUAAUUAAUUAAUUAAGUAAUUAAUUAUGCUGAUGAUACUUAUUAUUGCUGCUUUCUAAAUUCAUCUGAGAUUUGUGACGACCUUUCUUAAUUAAUCAAUUAAUGUAGAUGGA